AAUCCCGCCAAUUCCGCUUAAUACUGCGAUAAAUCAGAUUCUUAAAGCGUGCCAAUGGGUAUGCAAUCAGCUGCUAUUCUUGAGAAAGAAGUAAGCGAUUUACGUGCUUUGAACGUGAAGCAGAAGCAAAAGCGUACACAGUCUAAAAGGCAGAUACCCCAUGAAGGUGGCCUUCCAGUUCAGGAAGCUGUUGAGCUAAUUGAGGCCCCGAUCGAGGCCCCGAUAGCUCCAGCACCCCCCCAGCCAAGACGGCCUUCACCACCUUUACAGCCACAUAUGAGGGCUUUACCAAAGUGCGGUACCUGUGGAAAUGAAGGACAUAAGAGAAAUGCAUGUCCAGGUAGACCUAGAUAGCUUGUUUUGUUAAUUAAUUAACGUUUUGGUUGGAAUAAAUGCAUUUAAAUACUAUAUAUGGGGGGUUGGUGGCCCACUCGUUUUGUGUGGCCCACUCGCUUGUGAAUUACGUUAGUUAUCCAUCGACCGACGGCUGCCUGAGUUAUCGGGCUGCUUAGGGGCUCGCCGGGGCUAUAACCUUUUGGAGGGUAAAGAUGGUUGAUUGUCUAAGGGGCUAAUCGGUCUGACUGGCUAC